UCGGGAAAGAAGGAGGCAGCUGAGAGGAGGAUCAAGGAGCUGGAGGAGAUAGGAGCAUUACUUCUGAAAUACAAGCAGAAGGUCCCCCUGGAGAAGGAGGAUAGGAAACGCGUUUAUCGCCAAAUGGACAAGUACAACAUGAUCGCGGACAAGCCGCAGGAACUGUCAUACGUGAUCAGCAGGACUCAAGAGGAGCUCCAAAAGGAGCAGGACAAACUCAAGAACGCCAAGUUCAAGAAGGAGUUGUACAACGACAACCGCAUGUUCGAGCUCUACACGGGACACUUCUACAGGACACUGGAGAACAAGCAGGACGCGGACGAGUCGGCGAUAAACGAGGGGAUGAUGAUAGAGUACUGGGCGCAAAUGUGGGUGAAGCCAAACGCACCGCACAACGGUGAAGGAUAUCUGGUCGAAAGACCACCGGCAGAGAACAAGGCAGGCUUUCCCACAUACGAGGAAUUCGUCACGAUCGUCAAGAAAUUGCGAGACUGGAAGUCGCCCGGUGCGGAUGGGAUCUACAACUACUACAUUAAAUGGCUCACGUCCCUUCACAGAGUCAUUUACAGGCUAGUAGAGGAGGUAUGCCAGCAAGGCAAAGUGCAGGACGACUGGUUCUACUGUGGGAUCACGUACCUACUACCGAAGAACAAGAAACCAAAGUCCGCCGCACAGUACAGGCCGAUCACUUGCAUGUCCAACCUAUACAAGCUAACUACCCGUUGUGCCACGGAGACGCUUAAGCGAGAAGUCGAUGGCAGGGGACUACGGUCCGAGAACCAGAUGGGCACGAGGAGCAACGUACAGGGUGCAAAGGAGCACGCGUUAGCGAACAUCGCGCUCAACGAGAAGCACAAGGGGAAGUUACUUGCAACGUGGGUCGACGUCAUGAAGGCGUACGACUCAAUCGACCACGCGUACCUGGCAAGGGUUAUCGACAACCUUAACCUACCAGGGUGGUUAUCAAACUUCAUCAAGCAGACGAUCAAGAGGUGGAAUAUAGAGAUACGGUGGAACAAGAACACAAUCAUGCACAAGAAAGUGGAGAGGGGCAUUCUCCAAGGCGACAGCCUAUCGCCCCUUCUCUUCGUGCUGUGCUUGGACCCGCUGAGCAGGCACCUGACUCGCAUCUUCCCCAAGGUGGAGUUAAGCGUGACCGGCGGCAGGAUAUUCGCCACAAACCACUUUCUCUAUAUUGACGACCUCAAGUUCUUCGCCCACGAGGAAAGUACGAUGAGAGGAAUGGGCCGAGAAGUGGAGAAGUUCUUCAACGACAUAGGACUCAGGAUCAACCGCGACAAGUCGGCAACCAACACGGAGGCGUGCGCCAGCAUCGCCAAGCAGAUGGAAGGCCCGGAAACGUACAAGUACUUGGGAGUCACAGAGACUUCAAACUCACUGACAAGCGACGGAAUGUUCGACAUAAUACUACAGGAGAUAUGCAGGAGAACGGAGCUACUGGCUGCGUCAAAGCUGUCGGGGAAAAACCUCUCGAUGGCCAUCAACCAGUACGCCCUCAGCGUCAUCAACUACUACAUCGGCGUGAUCCCCAUGGACAUCACGCAUUUCGACAAGAUCGACCUGGCAGUACGGAGAAUAAUUAACGCGAAGCACGGACACAAGAAGUGGGCGAACACACAGAGGCUCUACCUCCCCCGGAAAGAGAUGGGGAGAGGGCUCCACAGCAUGGUAUUUAGAGCGGAAGCCAUGCUGCUACGACUGUGGUUGACGCUUUCAGCAGACGAGGUGACGUCAACCAGGAGAGCUGCGAUCAUGCAGCAUUUUCGCGACACAUACGCGCACAUAUCUCACAUCAAGAUGCACCUGGAAGGAAGAUAUGGAAUGGAAUUCGGAAUGGAGGACACUACGGACAAGAGCCUCAGGGACCUCAGGGUGGCCCAAAACAAAUGGCUGUACAACAGAAUGCACGUAAAAUCAACUCAUAAGGUUCUGUAUGCCAAGCGUGAGGACCCCAAGCUGGACAUUGAGGCGUCGUCCUUGUACCUGACGUGUGGAAUACUCACUCCGGAAGAAGAAGCGAACGUAGCGGAAGUCCAGGAUAGGAAUCUGCAAUGGAUGUCUUCGUCCAAGAAAUGCACAAGAUGCAACAACGGCAAGAACGUGGAUCACCUCGCGACGAAGUGCCAGAAACUACUACACCUAGAAUAUACGAAGAGGCACAACGAGGUAGCAAAACGGGUCCACUCAGUACUCGGGAGGCAAAUAGGACUACCCAAGGAGAAGAUAGACGCCCACAAGAUCGAGAGUGAAGUACAUGGAAAAUACGGAUGGAUCGCGUACGACAAGACGGUCAAGACUCAGAAGACUAAGGAAUACAACAGGCCAGACAUCAUCCUGGCGGAUCGGCGGAGGAACACCAUAACCAUCGUGGAGAUAGGAAUCACCAAUCAAGACAACCUAGUGGAUACGGAGAAGUUCAAGAAGCAGAAGUAUGAAGACCUUAUUGAGGACCUCAAGGCGCGACAGUUUAACCAGCACACCAAGAUCAGGGUUAUCCCCUACGUUAUGACGUGGGAGGGAAUAGUGACAAAGGAGCACAGCAAGUACAGACGGGACCUGGGCAUAUCGGAUCGCAUGGAAGCCCACAUACAAAGGGUAGUGAUCCAAGAAACACAUAAAAUAGUGAUGAGGGAUAUGAAGCCGAAAGAAGACUACGAUUCCGUAGAAGACCCUCAAGCCCAAACUGGAUGGAUGCCCGCAUGGAUGGCACCAGUGACGUCCGGCAAUGGACCGGCGUGGAUCCCGCAACCGGUUUCAGCGUGA